CUCCUAUGAGAUUCUCUUCCUGGAUUCUGAGUCACUUAAGGUUGCCCCUUCCCUUACCUGACCCUUUUCCGUUUCCCCUUAGAUUGGAGAUUCUCCUCAGAUUCUAUGUCUCUGAAAUUAUUAGUGUUGGUAGCCACUGGGGCCAUGGAGUGGUCUCAAUCUUAAGUUCUCAAAGAUCACCUUUUAAACUUCAUUGGGAACACGAUACAGCCACACGAGUCCUAGCCCUGAAUCUCACGAAGACCUCAAUACACCUGGGGAAGCCAGCACACCGAAUUCCGAUGCUGCUAGAGAUGUCACAAGCCGCAGCACCCAUCCGCUCCGGGCCCACAGCAAGCACACGCGCAGAACAAGCGAGCGGCCACCCAGGGAUCGGGGCCAUCUGCACAGCGGUUACAGUCUCGGAAAGGCCUGGCUUCUUCGUGGCUUUGUGGAGAUCCCUUACAGCAGCCAUUAAGGACUGGCACCAGAAGAGAUUCAAAGAAAGCAGCAGUGCGGUCCACAACAUACUUCCGUUUCAGACCACCCACUUCCGGUUUGUCAGCCGGUUCCGGUCCCGCCCUUCACUUCCGCUCGCUCUCGGUCUCACGGCGGCCAGUUCCUGCGUCCGCUGCCGCUGCUUCUGCUGCGCUCUAGGUUUUUUUUUUUCUGAAGGACAGCUGCUUCCUCAUAUGUUUCAAGAAUGGCUCUCCCUAUCAUUGUAAAAUGGGGUGGACAGGAGUAUUCAGUGACCACACUUUCAGAAGAUGAUACUGUACUCGAUCUCAAACAGUUUCUCAAGACCCUUACAGGAGUGCUUCCAGAACGCCAAAAGUUACUUGGACUCAAAGUUAAAGGCAAACCUGCAGAAAAUGAUGUUAAGCUUGGAGCUCUCAAACUGAAACCAAAUACUAAAAUCAUGAUGAUGGGAACUCGUGAGGAGAGCUUGGAAGACGUCUUAGGCCCACCCCCUGACAAUGAUGAUGUUGUUAAUGACUUUGAUAUUGAAGAUGAAGUAGUUGAAGUAGAAAAUAGAGAAGAAAACCUACUGAAAAUUUCUCGCAGAGUCAAAGAGUACAAAGUGGAAAUUUUGAAUCCUCCCAGGGAAGGGAAAAAGCUUUUGGUAUUAGAUGUUGAUUAUACACUGUUUGACCACAGGUCUUGUGCAGAGACUGGGGUAGAAUUAAUGCGGCCAUAUCUUCAUGAAUUUCUAACAUCUGCAUAUGAAGAUUAUGACAUUGUUAUUUGGUCUGCAACAAAUAUGAAGUGGAUUGAAGCUAAAAUGAAAGAGCUGGGAGUAAGCACAAAUGCAAAUUAUAAGAUUACCUUCAUGUUGGAUAGUGCUGCUAUGAUAACAGUGCAUACUCCAAGGAGAGGAUUAAUAGAUGUAAAGCCUCUUGGUGUUAUAUGGGGAAAGUUUUCGGAGUUUUACAGCAAGAAAAACACCAUUAUGUUUGAUGACAUAGGGAGAAAUUUUCUAAUGAACCCACAGAAUGGACUAAAGAUAAGGCCUUUCAUGAAAGCUCACCUAAAUCGAGAUAAAGACAAAGAACUUUUAAAAUUAACUCAGUACCUCAAGGAGAUAGCAAAAUUAGAUGACUUUUUGGAUCUAAAUCACAAAUAUUGGGAAAGAUAUCUCUCAAAGAAGCAAGGACAGUAGUUUUAAGUUAUACUGGCAAUUAUUGAAGAUACUUAAGAUCCAGGAACUUCUUGCUUUUAUGCUAGAAAUCAUUAUGAAAGUGCUGGACACUGAAGCAAAUACCAUAUUGCAUAUACUUGGUCUUCCAGUUUUUUGUAAAUUUAAUUUUAUAUUUUUUUGAGAUUAUAGCAAUAUGCUAAAAAAAAAAUGCUUUUGUUCCCUAUAUGAAUAUUCUGUUACUCUUGAAAAAUAUUUUCUCCAGGGUUGGUUACUGAUUCCUUCCUUGUCCCCUCAACACACACACAAAGUGGAGAAAAUGUAUACUCAACAAUGUCAUUUUGUGACUUUGGAAACAAGUUAUGUUUUGUAUUUUUGUCUCAUUAUGUUACUGUCUGACUAAAAUCAAAGACCAAACCCAUGUUGAAACUAGUGCUUUUCCCUUUAAAACCAAAAAGAAAAAAAAAGUUUUUAAAUAAAGAACCUAGUUUGUUAUGCUUAAAAUUACCAAGAAUUUUUUAUUCCUUUGUCAUAGACACAAUUGCUCUUCUGUAUGCCACUAGUUAAAUUUCUAAAUUCUGAAUGGUCUCAGUUAGGCCUGUAUGUGUAUACAUGUUCAAGUAAAGCUGGAAAGUAUCAAUCUCUGAUACUGCUGUGUCCUAGUAUGAGAAACCGAAGACUGAAGAAUAAAAACUAAGGAACAAGAAUGAAUCGAAUCUCUUUUCAGUGGCUAAGUAGAAUCUGCCUAAAACCAUUGUCGUAAUAGCAGUUAAAGGCAAUAAAUUUUUAAAAGGGACAUAUCACUGAUUGAUCCCUAAAAAGCAUGAACAAAAAGUUUUUGUUCUGUUCCAGCUAUAUCUUGUCUAAGUGCUAACACAGUUUCAGUAAAAAUACCUAGCCAUAAGAUUAAAAAAAUAUAUUAUUUGCAAUGCUUAAGCCUGCAGAUAACGUAAUGUGACCACUGUUUUGUGUUGACAAUAUUGCUUUAUACAGUUCUUGUAUUUGAAAGGAAUUGAUCCUUUUAAAGAAACAUGGUGUGUAUUGUUCUUACAGGACUAAUUUCAGUGGUGUAAAUAAUAAAUAUCUUUUCUUAAAACA